AGCUCCUAUGUUAGAAUCCUCUUUACACCAUAUUCUUGUGUUUAUAAAGUUAAAUCAGAGUGUUUUAUUCCAUAAUUGCGUUGAUCAGUGCUUUCACUUUAUUUCAAUAAAAUACAAACAAACCUCUUUUGUGUUCUUCCAUUUCCCAAUCAUAUUUCAUUUGAAUCUUUAACAAAGAUUCAUGCAUAUUUCACUUCGAGGUGUUUGUCUAAUUUGUAACAAAAAAACCAGGACUAAACAUGGGUCCAGUCGAUCCACCGAAGAGAUCAAAACAAACGCGUCACAAGUUAGAAAAUCACACGAGAUUAAGAUCAAGGCCGCUAUUCAACAAGCAUCCGAAUAUGGGUCGCUUGUUGAUCCCCAAAGUAUGGAUGUUUCCGACACCACUGACAUCGAAAGCACGGGGUUAGAAAGAUCAAGAUCACUAGCAAGACUAGAAGCUCAAAAAGAGUUUCUUAUAGCAACUUCUUUGGCUGCGAAUACAACAUUUGAAACCGCGGACUCUAUUCAUGAUCUCGAUGAAGCUUUCUCCAAGUUUUUAACCAUGUAUCCGAAAUAUAAAUCAACCGAAAAGAUUGAUGAGUUGAGGGUUACUGAGUAUGCUCACUUGGCUGACAAAGAUUCUAAGGUUUGUCUUGAUUAUUGCGGAUUUGGGUUGUUUUCAUUUCUUCAAGUUGUUCAAUAUUGGGAAUCAUGUUCCAUUAGUUUAUCACAAAUAACUGCAAAUUUGAGAAUUCAUGCACUAUAUGGUGCUUUGGAUACAAGUAAAGUUGAACAUGAUAUCAAAGACAGGAUCAUGGAUUACUUAAAACUACCUAAAAACGAAUAUGGUCUCGUGUUUACAGUUAGUCGAGGUUCGGCUUUCAAACUUCUAGCCGAAUCGUACCCUUUUAGUACCAGUAAAAACCUACUCACCAUGUUUGAUCACGAGAGCCAGUCGGUUGAUUGGAUGGCUCAGACAGCGAAACAGAAAGGCGCAAAGGUUCACAGCGCGUGGUUUAAAUGGCCUACGCUUAAACCAUGUUCGACCCAUUUAAGGAAACAGAUUUUAAACAAGAAAAAAUGUAAGAAAGAUUCAUCGAAAGGGCUUUUUGUGUUUCCGGUUCAAUCAAGAGUUACUGGUGCUAAGUAUUCUUAUCAGUGGAUGUCAUUUGCUCAACAAAAUAAUUGGCAUGUGUUGCUUGAUGCGGGUGCAUUGGGUCCAUUAGACAUGGAUUCACUUGGGUUAUCUUUGUUUCGACCCGAUUUCAUAAUCACUUCUUUUUACAGAGUUUUCCGGUAUGACCCGACUGGAUUCGGAUGCCUUCUCAUCAAGAAAACCGCGAUUAAAAUCCUUCAGAAGCAAGCUAGUCAUACUAGCUCUGGUAUGGUGAAGAUCGAUUCAGUGUUUCCGAGACAGUUGAGAGACUCGAUGGGCCGCUUCUCUCAACUGUCGGGGAUCGUAGAAAAUGAAGAUGAAGAUGAAGAUAAAGAUAAGGAUGAAGUUAUCCCAGAAGCGCAUACCGGAAUCCAGUUGCCAGCUUUUUCGGGUGCGCUCAAUCCUUCUCUAGUGAGGGAUGUAUACGAAAGCGAAACAGAACAUGAUGACAGUCCUAAUCUUGAAGAAACCGAAACCGAAAUGUUUUCUGUCAUGAAAAGUCCUGUUUUAACGCGAACUGAAUCGCCAGAAGACGCAAUGUGGAUCGAUGUCGGGCAAAGUCCAUUAGAAUCUCAUCCUGUGAUCGCCACAACGAGUUUACCACCGCCCUUUUGGUUUACGCGCAAUCGACACAACAACAAAUUCGAUUCGCAGCCUUGUGAAAGCAACAAUAUUAUAAAAACUCAAGAUCACAGUCCAGAAAUACAGGAAGAACCUGAAAUCGAAAGCGCUGUUAUACAAAGAGAAACGGAGGAUGACUUUAGUUUAGUCGAUUUUGAAGACCAAGAUGAUUAUAUCAGCGAUGAAGAAUCCGAAAACAGGGAACCCGAGAUAACAUGCAGGCAUCUUGAUCAUGUAAACAUGUUGGGGCUCAGUAAAACCACAUCCAGGCUUCGGUUCUUGAUCAACUGGCUCGUGACAUCAAUGCUUCAACUGAGACUACCGGGUUCAAAUCCAGAGGAUUCUGUCCCACUUGUUCACAUUUAUGGGCCGAAAAUAAAGUACGAAAGGGGUGCAUCGUUGGCUUUUAACGUUAGAGACAGGAUCACAGGACUGAUUAGUCCCGAAAUCGUUCAAAAGAUGGGUGAAGCAAAUGGGAUUUGUCUUGGUAUUGGUAUUCUUAGUCAUGUAAAGAUUAUACAAAACACGAAGGAGAGUCAUAGGGCUAUGGAUCUUGCGGUUUGCAGACCGAUGGACGACAAGAACCAUAGGCUAGAAGGUUUCGUGAGAGCUGAAGUUGUUACUGCUUCGCUGGGUUUUUUGACUAACUUUGAGGAUGUUUAUAGAUUAUGGGUUUUUGUUGCAAAGUUUCUUGAUCCAUCUUUUGUUAGAGAGUAUGGACCUUCAACUCUCAUGGAAGGUGAAGAAUUAUGAAGCAGAUUUCAAUGGGAAAUUUGCAUUUGUGUGUUAGUUAUAUGGGAUUAGGAAAUAAGGCAGGAGGAUUUUGUUUUAACAAUUUUAUUAUUUGCAUUUCACCCUUCA